GUCCCCUCUGACCGUCCUUCGCUCUGCAGCUGCUAGGCCGCGUGCGGAUCCGGUGGAGGAAAAACUCGACCUGUGUGGGCGCCCUGCGAGCAAACAAGCGAGCUGGGAGCCGAGGCCUGGAGGACCCCGCCCCGCCUCGUAACCGAGCCUGCAGCCGCGAUGCCCAAGGACUGGGACAAGGAUGCGUACCCGGAGCCUCCGCGCCGCACACCGGCGCCAGACCCAAUCACGUCGCUGCCCAACCCAGUCACCAUCCUGACGGACGCCUUUAACUUCGUCAUAGACCUGCCCGUCACCCGCUUCCGAGAAUUUAUCGAGGAGCAACAUGCAAAAAAUAAGACCUAUUACUAUCAUCGGCAAUACCGCCGAGUACCAGACAUAACCGAGUGCAAGCAAGGGGAUAUUCUGUGCAUAUUUGAAGCAGAAAUGCAGUGGAAAAGAGACUACAAAGUUGAUCAAGAAAUUGUUAAUAUUGUCCAGGAAAGACUGAAGGCCUGUCAGCAGAGAGAAGGAGAAAGCUAUCAACAGAACUGUUCGAAAGAGCUCAAACAGUUCUAUGAGGUUGCAAAAGCUUAUCAGGAUCGAUAUCAUGAACUUGGAGCCAAUUCAUCUGCUCGGAAAUGUCUUGCAAAGCAGAAGCACCGGAUGCUUGCUGAGCGGAAAGCUGCCAAGGAGGCUGCUGCCGCCUGACUUACCAAAAAAUUCAUCUCUAAUCAUCCCAAUAAAAGUCUUUGCAGUUCUA